AUGGAGCGACAGACGGCACUCGUCACUUUAGUAUUAGUAGCAUCAACGGCUGCGGCACCAUCACCGUGGCAGUUGGGAGGCUUUUUGCGAAGUCCUUUAACAUUACCACCCUAUCUUGCACAAAAUCCCGGAUCGUACUUAUCAUUUGGUUCUGAGCCAUGCUACAGUCCAGAACCUAGCCUAGAACCUUGUAUUCCACCAUACCCUGAACCAUGCAUCCCACCUUAUCUAGAAAAACCACCCGGGCCCUUACCACGGCCGUCGCAACUUGACCGUACUUUGCCAACACCAACUCCUGGUGGCAAUGGACCUAUUGGAGUCGUGAUAUCGAAAUCAAACAUUCCUGAAAGAUUACGCUUAGCAGGUUUCCAAGUUGUACAAGUACCAGGUGGACUAUUUUAUAUUACACAAUCACGUCCAGUACUCAUUCAGUCAUCUCCCAUUUUAGUUAGACCAGCUCCACUUCGUCCGAUCACUCCUGCCGCUAUUACUGUGCAACCCCCACAGCAACCCCCGAUAGUGCCCCCACGUAUAGUUGUAAGGCCCGCACCCUUGCCACCUAUAACACUUCCUCCUAUCCGCGUACGUCUACCCCGGCCUGAUCCAAUUCAACCGAAACCUGUUGUUGUGAGGCCAUCGAAACCAGCACCAAUUCAACCACCACCAAUCACUGUAACGCAGUCACGGCCUGCACCAAUAAAUCCACCUCCAAUUUUCAUCCGACAACCUACACCGUCGACAGUCCAACCGCCAACAAUAUGCAUUCCUACAUCAGCUCUUUUCAAAGGCGAAACUGGCAUACGGUAUCCAGGUGUACCCGAACCUUGCAUACAGUAUCCAAGUGUACCUGAACCUUGCUCUGUGCCGUGUCCAGGUCCAUGUUCAUGUCCAUACUGUUCUAGCCCGUGCCCUUAA